AUGACAUUAGAUAAUAAUAUUUAUCUUUAUAAUCUACCCUAUGAAAUAAUAUUUUUUAUUUUGAAAAAACUCGAUAAUAUGGAUAUACUUUAUUCUUUAUUUGGCAUGAAUCAUCGGCUUGACAAUAUAAUACAAGAUAAAAUCUUUACUACUAUGCUAAAUUUUGUUUCCAUAUCGUCAUUAACUAAUGAUAUUUCUUCAAUUUCUGAUCGAAUGCUUGAUAGAUUCUGUUACAAUGUAUUACCAAGAAUUCAUUAUAAUGUGAAACAUCUUAUUCUUGAAUCAACCUCUAUGGGACGUAUUCUUCAUGCUGGCAGUUAUCCUAAUCUUACUGAACUUAAACUAUUCAACUUCAAUCAAGAAAUUAUCCCACGUUAUUUUAUAGAUGAUUCUCAUCUUCAGCAUAUUUAUAACCAAAUUAAUGAUCUGACACUUAUCAGUAAUGAAAAUAAUACAGAAAUGCAUUCGAAAGACUACACUAAUAAUAUCUAUACAGUUGCCUUGAAUCUAUUUAAAAAUCUAACACAUUUAACUAUUGCUGGAGCAUUCAACAAAGAUUAUCCACCUUUUUCGCUAGAUAAUUUAUCAUUAAAUAUGUUUUCUUCAACACUUACUAAAUUAUCUAUUAGAGUAAAUAUUUUUAAUGAUUGUCUUGCUUUACUUGAUGGUCAUCUCCAACAAUUAACUACAUUCAUCGUUUACGUUAAUUCUAUUGUUUAUGAAUCAUCACCAUCGUACAUGUUGAAUAAUGAUCUACCAAGUUUAAAAGUUUUCUCAUUAACGUCUUAUGAUGAUACUGACCAAUAUGAUAUGUUAGUUGUGCCACUUCUUCAGCGAAUGUUAAAUCUAGAAGAAUUAACUUUAUAUCUUCGUGUCACAAGACGAACAAUAUUCAUUGAUGGCACUCAUAUUUAUAAUAAAAUUCUUAUUCAUAUGCUACAACUUCAUACAUUUACUUUUUAUAUUAGUUCUGAAAAACGAAUUGAAGUUUUACCACUUCGUCUAUCUAAUUCAGAUAUUCAACGAACUUUUACAAAUACACUAAAUAGACAAGUGGUUUGUAGUGUACAUUAUUUUUCUGAUUUUGAUAACAUAUGUCAUGUCUUCUCACUUCCAUUUACAUUUGAUCAUCUUGAAAAAAUCUCCAAUCAUUUUCCGAAUAUGAUAUUUAAUUCUGUAACUUACUUGACAUUAUAUGAUAUUAUUCCAUUUCAAUAUAAAUUUUUCGUUCAAAUUGCUCAAGCUUUUCCAUUACUUAACUAUUUAUCUAUUAAUAACGAUGAACCACCAUCAUUGAACAUCUACAAUUCUCGAUUUAUUGAUAAAUCAUGGUUAACUAUUGAAUAUCCUUAUCUUACUUCACUUGACCUUAGUUUUGCACAUAUUUAUUAUAUUAAUCAAUUUCUCAAUGAAAAAAAAACAAUUCUACCAAGUCUAAGCGAAUUAAUAGUCGAUUAUGAACGAUUGAAAGUUGUGACAAAGAAUUUUACCAGAGAAAAAACACGACGCAAUUGUGCUACGGUUAAACGAUUGAGUGUGAAAGGCUCAAUAAAUUUAGAAAAUGUUUAUCGUUAUUUUCCUCUAUUAUUAAAUUACGAGUGUUGUCCUAAUUAUAUAUAA